AUGCAUUUCGGGACGAUGAAAUCUUAUUAUUUCCGUUUAAUAAUUAAUAAGUAUCACAUAAGAAAUCUAGGAAAUGUUUCUGAUGUGCUCGAUAAAAAUGCCAACACAAGUUGUCCUGGUGAAAAAUUGCAAAGAGCAGCACAAAAACUUCGAAAAUUAGAUGAAUUAGAAGAAGGUAAACAUCCAUAUCAAGAAAAAGAACCACUUAAACCUUUUCCAAAUGGUAUCAAUCCAGUAACAGGUGAAAGGAAUGGUCCCAAAGGAGUGGAACCAACUAGGUAUGGAGAUUGGGAGCGUAAAGGUAGGGUUUCUGAUUUUUAA